CUGACCCAAGCUAUUCUUCAUAAACCCUCUCUUCCUUUUCGCCUUAUCUGUUGGGCAAAGCAGAAAACAAGGGCCGAAAAGAAAAGAAGCAAUGUCUGCUACAUCUACCUCAUCUCUCAUACCCCCAUCUCUCAAACCCAAAACCUUAUCUUCAUCAAACCCAAGACCCAUUUCACUUUCCCUCUUCUCUUUUUCCCACAGGCUCCAUGCAAAGCCUCUCUUCUCUUCUGCUCUUCAAAGUUUCGAGGUUUUAACCAAAAGGUCUGCUUCUUAUUCUUCUAAGUUUGUUAGAAACGUUGCCGUUUCAUCUGAGUAUCAUCAGGAAGAGGAGCUUUUUGGUAGUGAUGAUGUAGAAGGGGCUACUAGUUUCUCCCCUGACUUGAAACUUUUUGUGGGUAAUCUUCCUUUUAGCGUGGAUAGUGCCCAGCUUGCUGAUUUGUUUGGAAGCGCUGGAAAUGUUGAGAUGGUUGAGGUGAUUUAUGACAAGGUAACUGGAAGAAGUAGGGGAUUUGGUUUUGUAACUAUGUCCACAAUUGGGGAAGUUAAAGCUGCUGCUCAACAGUUCAAUGGCUAUGAAUUGGAAGGGAGGGCAUUAAGGGUAAACUCAGGACCUCCUCCUCCUCGUAGGGAAGAAUUUUCUCCUGGAGGAGCAAGAGCUGCUCCAACUAUGGGCGCUUCAAAUUGUGUCUUCGUUGGUAACCUUUCAUGGGGUGUUGAUGAUUUAGCACUUGAGACCUUGUUUAGCGAGCAAGGCAAGGUUGUGGAAGCAAAAGUCGUUUAUGACAGGGAAAGUGGUAGAUCAAGGGGUUUUGGCUUUGUUACUUAUAAUUCUGCUGAAGAGGUGGACAGUGCCAUUAAAUCCUUGAAUGGUGUUGAUUUGGAUGGCAGACCAAUUCGAGUCUCUGUGGCAGAGUCUAGGCCAAGGCGUCAAUUUUGAGCGUGAUGGUUUCCUACUGGUACUGCUAAAUUAUUGGGAGACGCCUAGAAUAUGCAGUUGGAAGCUGGCGGCUGCAUCCUCUCUCUGUUCUUGGGAAUCUGCAAAAAUGCUUCUUGUACCAGCUGCUUAUGGGCGUUAUGACCAUAUGUUCUUUUCAACAUCUGUGCUUAGAUUAGAAAGAGCAGAUAAUGAGCUGAUAAUAUCCAUUGAAAUAUUUUCGUUGUAUGUUGUGUCAUAAUUCAGUUACUGAUAUGUAGCCGUAUGUUUUAGCUCAUGGGAUUAGAGUUACUUCAAAAUUAUUGACUUGUUUUGCUACCUUGUAUAUCUUGCGCUGGAAGAAUGCCUAUGCUUGUUGAAUGAAUUGCAGCAAAAGAAAAA